UGAUGACGUAAACAAGAAGGAGGCAUAGUCGUUACGUUUGAACCGAGCGCGCGACAUGGGAGACGUGUUUUCCCCCCAACUAUAAAGCAAAAUGGAAAUAAAUGAGAAUUAAAAGGUUUUACUGUGGAAACAAGCUGGAAUAUAAAAGUUUAUUCUGCUGACCCAUCAUGCCUAUCCGGGCCUACUGCACCAUCUGCUCGGAUUACUUUGACCACUCCAGAGAUGUGGCAGCUAUCCACUGUGGUCACACCUUUCACUACGCCUGUCUUCUUCAGUGGUUCCAGUCAGCUCCUACGAAGACCUGCCCCCAGUGCAGGAAGCAGGUCAGUACCAGACACAUCAUCAACAAGCUGUUCUUCGACAUCGCGCCGGAUGAUGAGGGAUCUGCAGCCGACCCUGAGAGCCUGCAGAACGAGUUGGACAAAAUGAAGGUGGUUCUGUGUGAGAAAGAGAGAGACUGGAGAGACCGACAGAAAGCGGCCGAGGCUCUGAAGGAGACGAUCGAGAAGCAGAGAGCCGACCUGGAACGAGUGAAGAGAGAGAUCGGAGAGAAGGAGAUGCUCUGCAGCACCCUCAGAAAGCAGAUGCAGUAUUUGGAGAGUCAGAGGAAAGAAAGCGAGGCGGCGAAAGAGGAGGCCAAGAGACUGCGGGUCAAAAUGAAAACCUAUGAAAGCAUGGACAUGGUGCUACAGGGUCAAAGGGCCGAGGUGGAGGCCAUGAUCAUGGACAUGGGAGUGGGACAGUCGGCUGUGGAGCAGCUUUCCAUCUACUGUAUCUCUCUCAAAAAAGAGUACGACAAUCUGAAAGGCAGCCUGCGGACCUCCAAUGAGACGUGUGAGAAGCUGAAGCGGGAAGUUUUCUCCUCUAAUAACAGGUUACAGAAAGCCACACUGGCGAUGAACCGAGCGAAGGAGGACAUGAAGGCUCUUCAGAAUGACCUCAGCAACUCUGAUAAAGAGAUCACAAGCCUGAAGAAGAAAGUAGAGAUCCUGCAGAAGACCCUGAGCACUCCGACACGCACCAAUGAAGCAAUCAGCCGCCUCGUGUUCGAAAGCCCCGCCCCUGUGGAGCUGAAGUCCCCGCGACUGCACUGUCCCUCCGACAGCCAGGACAUCGACCUUAAUGUGACCUUCGACAUCAGCACACCGGAGCAGGUGGAGAAGAAGCCAAUUGCCGUCCCCUCGAAGAAGAUGCGCCUGGACCCGGCAGCGACGUCGUCCAAACACUGCGAGAACACGUUCGGGAGUAAAACCUCACAACCUAAAGAUGACAAGGUAUCCAUGGAGCCCAUGUUUAGGAACUCGCUGCUCUUCAGGAAGAAGAUGUUCGGCAGCAUGCUCGACCCACACAGCAAAUCUGGAGCUGUAAGAACGGGAUACGACGGACUCGGAGGAAGGACCAAAUUCAUCCAGCCUUCUCCGCUGGCUGAGAUCCGUCCGCUCCUCAUGAAGGCAAAGCGUAAGAAAGUGUCGAGGCCGGCGCCGAGCAAGCUCCCCACCACCCUCGCUACGCUGGACGGGUUCCUCGAGUGACCUCUGACCUUUCAGUACUCACAUUAACAAAGAGAAAAUGAGUUGGGACUCGUCCUCGGACAACGCAUAUGACCUUACUCAGAACCAGGAAGCUGAAGAACAUGAACCCUGCUGCUGUACGUUCAUACAGACAGACUGGAGAAAGAAGGGGUUUUUAGGGGUUUGUUUUUUUUGGGGACUUACCAUUAAAAAUAAACUCCACCAUGGACUUGCAACAUGCACCCUUUUUUUUUUUUUUUUUUUUUUGCAAACAAUUUUUAUUUUGUUUGUCCUUUAUUUAAUUGUGUAGAUUUCCAUUUCUUUCUUUGUGAUUUUUUUUUGCUCUCUGUUGAAUGUGUAUAUUUGUGUCAUAGUUUAUUUCUGCUGUGAGAUUUAAUAAACUGCAAUUUUCUACA